AUGCGCAGCUACGUCGGUGGCAAGAAUGGAGCCAUCUCCGGCCGACGCCCCACCACACUCUCUGGCAACAAUCGCUACUCCAGAGUCCAAUUACGCAUCCCAUCGGCGGCAAUCUUGCUCAAUUGCACCAUUGCACUGCCCUCUGCUUCAAUCCUGCUAUCCAAACCAUAUCAACUUGGCAGCCAGCCUGUCAGCCAGCCUACCAGCCUACCCGUCCACGCCAAAGACCUACGACCUACGAAAUCAGGCCUCCAAGUCAUACAAUGCGAUCUCGGAGGGAACGAGGAAAGUCUGCAGUACAAGACGUAUUCUCGUGCUUUCGCAGGUCGCAACUCUUCAGCGCGGGUGGUAGGUGUCAGGUAA